AUCUCACCAUCUCAUGUCAGAAUUUUAAAAACACAAGAUUUGAGAGCAUGGAAACCAGUGACAUUGUAAUAAGUGUGAUCUUCUUAUCACAGACUAUAUUUGGAAUCCUGGGCAACUCCUUCUUAGUCUACCAUUUUCUCAUGCUUUACUUUGUGGGGAGCAGAUUAAAGUUCACAGACUGGAUUCUGCAGCACUUGAUUGCAGCCAACUUCUUAACUCUCCUGUGUAAAGGAGUUCCCCACACUGUGUCAGCUUUUGGGAUGAAAGACUUCUUCAGUGACAGUGAGUACAAACUGAUCUUCUAUCUUCACAGAAUUGGGAGGGGUGUGUCCAUCAGCAGCACCUGCUUUCUGAGUGUCUUCCAGGCCAUCACCAUCAGUCCAAAGGCUUCCAGGUGGACACAGCUUAAAGUCAAGUCUCCCAGUUACAUUGCUUCUUGUGUGUACAUGAGCUGGGUCCUGUCAUUCAUAGUAAACAUACCUUUUGCCAUGUACAUGACAGCAAGAUGGUACAAUAAGAACAUAACAUGUCUAAGGGUAUAUGAAUUCUGUGCUUCUGAUCAACACGACAUCUCUCCUGCUAUUUUCAGUGCAGUAUUUAUCUCUAUUCCUGAUGUGUUGCUCAUGCUGCUGAUGUUUUGGUCCAGUAGCUACAUGGUUUGCAUUCUCUACAGACAUAAGCAGAGAAUGAAGCACAUUCAUAGGAGCAACUUUUCCUUCAGGUUUUCUCCUGAGAUCAGAGCCACAAAGACAAUUCUUCUUUUGCUGAGCACCUUUGUCUUCUUUUACACAAUUUCUUGCCUCUUACAAAUUAAUCUGGCUCUUACACUUAAUCCAAACUCUUUAUGGGUGAACAUGGCUUCAGUAGUCUCUGCAUGUUUCCCAACUGUGAGUCCCUUUCUGAUGAUCAGCCAUUAACACUGUGAGUCUUCAC